AUGUUCUCCCUGUUUAGACAGUUCGGUGCCUUGUCACUGCACAGAACACCUCUUGCACAACCAUGCCAAGUACGGACAAAAGCGACCCUGAAUCAAAUCAUGAAGGGCGCAAGACGGCAUGAAGUCCUGAUCAAACGGCCUUCUCCCAACCUCCUCAGCAAUCCCUUUAAGAAGGGCGUUUGCAAUAAAGUCUAUACUACGAAACCCAAGAAACCCAAUUCGGCGGUACGCAAAGUCGCGCGAGUGAAGCUAUCCACCGGCAAGUUCGUCAUUGCUUAUAUCCCCGGUGAAGGCCAUAAUUGCCAAGAACAUUCGGUUGUGUUGGUGCGUGGUGGCAGAGUACAAGAUUUACCAGGUGUGCGGUAUCAUAUUGUACGAGGCUCCAAUGACCUCGGCGGUGUUGCGAAUCGAGUCAAGGCACGGAGUAAGUAUGGCACGAAGAAGCCCAAGGUAGACAAAUGA